UUUUUAAACGCGCUCUUGUCCAUAAUUUAAAGACUAAAACCACCAGGAUGAUUGAUAUGGUUGAAAAAGAGGAUAACAUUAUCAGCGAGGAAGAGGCUGCCCAGUAUGACCGCCAGAUUCGCUUAUGGGGUCUGGAUGCACAAAAGAGACUGCGUGGAUCUCGUGUGCUUCUUGUUGGCCUUGGGGGUCUGGGGGCAGAGGUGGCCAAAAACCUAAUCCUGGCAGGCGUGAAAGGGUUGACUUUGCUGGACCACGAACAGGUGACUGAGGAGUCACGGAGAGCCCAGUUCCUGAUCCCUGUGGAUUCUCUGGGCCAGAACCGGGCUCAGGCGUCACUGGAGCGGGCCCAGUUCCUGAACCCCAUGGUGGAGGUGAAAGCAGACACGGACCGUGUGGAGAGUAAGCCUGAUGAAUUCUUCCUCCAGUUUGAUGCGGUUUGUCUCACUGGUUGCUCCAGAGAUCUCAUGGUGCGUGUGGACCAGCUGUGUGCCAAUAAAAAAAUCAAAGUGUUCUGUGGGGACGUCUUUGGUUACCAUGGCUACAUGUUCUCGGACCUGGGCAAGGAAUAUCACUAUGUGGAAGAGAAACCCAAAAUAGUGAAAGCUACUGAGGAAACCAAUGAUGGUCCUGAGGCAAAGAAAGCAAAAGUUGACCCUAAUGAGACGACCAUGGUGAAAAAGACGGCCAGUUUUUGUUCCCUCAAAGAGGCCCUGGAAGUGGACUGGACCAGUGAGAAGGCCAAGGCCAGCCUUAAGAGAACCCCUGCAGACUACUUUUUGUUGCAAGUGCUAUUGAAGUUCCGUACUGAUAAAGGUCGUGACCCUCACCCUGCCAGCUUUGCGGAGGACUCUCGGCUCCUGCGGCAGAUCCGUGAUGACGUUCUGGACGGACUGGGAGUGAGCACUGACCUGUUGGCCGAUGACUUUGUCAGUUACUGUUUCUCGGAGAUGGCCCCGGUAUGUGCGGUGGUCGGAGGAGUACUUGGGCAGGAGAUUGUAAAGGCGCUGUCACAGAGAGACGCCCCUCACAGAAACUUUUUCUUCUUUGACGGCCUGAAGGGUAGCGGCGUGGUGGACUACUUUGGCUGCAAAUGAAGAAGAGAAGAGACAGAAGAGAAGAGAGUGUGUGUGACAUGUGCGGGCAUGCACCCAGACUAUCAAAGCACCAUGGGAAUUUGAGUAUUUUACCUUGGUACCUCAGGCUAUAAAAAUCUGUGCAUCAGAUUAUCAGCUUUGCUUUCUGACAACAAGCCAUACUUCAAGACUGGCCACAGUGUUUUUGGUCUUUUUGUGUUCAUAUUCCCGCACGUGUGUAUGCACACGCACGCUCUCCACACACCCGCUCCUGUU